AUGUCGAUUGUCACUUUUUCCCAUCCGAGAAUCUCCAUCUACUCUAAUUGGGCGAGCUAUAAUCCUUAUGUCAGAUGUGUCUUCGACAACCUGGAGGUUGUUCGGUCUCUGCUUUUGGAGGCGGGAGUUCUUGGUCGUUGGGGUUUCCUUUUCCUCAACCAAUUCGGCUGUGUCAGCCCUGAGAUUGGCAAAGAACAUCUAGAAGCUAGCUUUUGUCUUAGAAGCCCAUCCAGCCCAGCGGAUCCAUUGUUUAUGCGGCAGUGCAAUGUUGCUGAAAAAUGUAAGCCCUUAGGCUCAAAAAUAUAUCUUUCGCCUCUCCUCCCUGUUCCCUUUUUGGUUGAUUCGCUUCUUCCUUCGCGCAAGCCCUUGGUUCACCCCUUUUGUGUUGCAUUUUUUGGUGAUCCCCCACUUCAAUGUUUGCCGGGGGAGAUUGGUGCUCCUGAGGUUGAGUUUCUUUCUCGUCUUGCCCAAAAACUUGCUAUAUUCUCAUUAGAUAAAUACUCUCUCGCUAAAAUAGACUGCUAUUGGCUGCUUCGCCUAUCUAUUCUAUUAUGGCUGGCUUGGAGACAUCAGAGGAAGACCGUCAUUUCUAUUCAAGACUAUCCACGAAGCAGUGAAAAGACAUAUAAUAUUCCUAUUGAUUCUAAGGGAGAACGAAGGAUGGAAUGGAGGAUGGAGGAGGAUCGGUUGGAACACGGGCUAGCCGGCCAGGAGUGGUUGAUAGUGGCUUAUGAAAUUGGUACCCCUUUCUUUACUUUAAACAAUGAUUUACACAGGUUGAAUGAUACAAGCAGGAAGCAAACAAUAGGAACAACCAGAGCGGGUGUAAAUGCUCGUGAAGGAAUGAGAGCUGAAGCAACAGGAAUUGAUUCCGAUGUUCGUAAGCGAGAACCAAAUCCUCCACUAGCACCAACAAUAACAAAUAAACUACCACCUAGUCUUGACCAUGUCAUAACGGAAUUUAAAGUUGAAGAAAAUGCCAUCAUUCCAGUGUACGCAUAUCUAGGCACAAUUCCAGUAGAUGACCUUGUUGAUCUAGGACCAGAGCCUGUUAACUAA